CGUCGUUGCAGAGUUGGGUAGGGCUCCUGCCAUCUUUUGAAUUGAAGCAGACUCUAGAGGAGGGUCCCUAAAGUAAAUGUAAAUCACAGACAUCCUCCGCGUACGUUGCCUCGGGAUUAUGCAAGCCUCGAUCAUUGGAGCUAAUUUUAUUUAUUUAUUUUUAUAUUUAUUUUCAUAGCUGGGAAUUCGGAUCUGAGUGUGGUAAGCCAGCCCAGGCUGAGUGUGGUAAGCUAGCCGAGGCUGAGUGUGAAGGAGGUUAUUGACUCGGUUGGUUGUAACUUGUCAAGCUCGGGGCACCAGACUUGCUGAGUCGAGUGGACAAGUUACCAAAGGUCAGGUACCCUGUCACGCCAUUGUCGGACUGAUUCCACGUCAAGAAGCUCACAAAGAAGCUGUCAUCUCAAACGACCUGCUCAAAGUACUUAUGACAUUGUCCCUGAUGUGUAGCUUCGGCUGCACUUGUACUCUGCCCCCUGUCCUGUGCACUACGACCACGGAGAAACUGUUUGAUUUGUAUCUGGUGGUGGUGCCAGGAGUUCAGGAUAUUUCUUCACGCUACUUGUUCCUCAAAGUGACAGGAAGGAAUUACAGAGGAUGCGAAUUUAUCUUCGCAGCUUGUGAGGAGAUCAAAUUCUUUGACUAGUACGCGCUGGUGGGAUCAGGGUGGGAGAAAGAGAGGGGGACCGUGGAAAACGUUACUAUUCCCAGAGGUAGGAUUUUGGGACUCUGGGAUCAAUUGUGAGACUAGGGCAUCAGGGCAGCUUUUUCCAUGUGGGGGUGGAUGUCAAGGUGCUCUCCACCAUCAGUGAUGUACCCCUUCGAGGACGUCUACGCAUUUCUCUGCAUGUCUUCUCCCUGCUUAUUGCAUCACUGUACUGCGCUCGCACAGUAUGUGGUGAAGAAUAGCAAAGCAUCUUCCAGGAGCUCUUACACCUAGUCCAGGAUCAAGACGUCUCCAAAUUACACAAAGCGUGUGUAGGGAAGACGACAGCAUUGCACUGCGCAUGAUCUCUCGUCUAAGAGAAAGAACUGGGAGUUUCGAAACUUUAGGGGUUGUUCCCUUGGCGCCUGAACAUUCUGUGAGGGGGAAGCUAUCGUGAUGCUUUUAGACUGCUGGACGAUGUCCAGCGCUUCUCUCCUAUAACUCGAGAACUGGAACGUUUAUCGUGUCUCGUGGUGACGGACUUGCAGAAGUCGUUGAUUUAGGCGCAGGCCCGGAGAUGAAAUCAACGCUUCCGUGGGGGGAACGAGGACACCUAACAUGAAGGCUGCUUCUGGAAGUGGAUCAUCCGUGCGGUGAAUAGGAGAUGCGAGGCUGUUUAUCACAUUGUACUAUACAAGGAAACCAAACAACCAUGCUCAACAACAUCGGUCUUGUCUAGUUUGCGCUCAGAUGCAGAGUUCAGACAGUUCAGGAAUCCUACAAGUAGUGGAGGAAUCAGACGUAAGUCAUGUCAUCGGGAUCUAGCGCUCCGAAAAGUUCGAAUGCAGCUACUUCCGUGCUUUCCCAAGCAUCCGGUGGGUUUCAUUGUUCCGACUCUAGAUCAAGGACCCCAAAGAGAAAGAGGCUCUCAAAACCAGAGGAAUCGUGGAAUAGCACGGAGAGCAGCGACACCACUCCAGAGUUGGAUAGCAGCUCCGCAGAGGGCCCCAAUCGGUUGAGUGCGGGGGCAAUGAGCAAGAAAAGGUUUGUGGGUGUACGGCAGCGACCAUCCGGCAGAUGGGUCGCGGAAAUUAAAGACACCACGCAGAAGAUUCGUUUGUGGCUGGGGACGUUUGAUUCAGCCGAGGAGGGAGCCAAGGCGUAUGAUAGUGCCGCAAGGGCUUUGAGGGGGAACAAUACACGCACCAAUUUCGUCCCUGCCCUGCAAUCGAGUGAGAGUUCGAUCCCUGCUUCCAAAGCCGCUCGCCUCAUCUUUCUUCGGAAAAUUGCAGCCUCAAAAUCCAAAUGCUGCGAGAAAGAUCAGAAGCAAAAAGCCGGCUGCGACGCCAAGAAGCAGCAGGAUGCAACUAGCCAAGUAGACCAGGAUAGGCAGGAACAACUUCCAAGGUUUCCAGCUGAAACAACAUGUCCUGAUCUUUUCAACCACAGACUUUCUGCAGGAACAAAGCAGGAACAUGAUGGUACACUCUUGGCUGCAGAGAAUGAUGCCCCCAAGCUCGAGGAAGGCCUCGUAUCUGUUGCAGUAUCUCACCAGAGGCAUGCCUCCUCCUGUAAUCUCUCCGCUUCUUCAUCCAGAAUCCCUACCUUUGAUUGUCCGAAACCAAACCUCGGAGUGGACAAAGACAACACACACUUGGAAAUUGCAACAGAUUUACCCAAUAUAACGACUGCAGGUCAAGAAGUUGACAAGCCCCAAUCACCAAUUCCGUUAACAGAACCUGAUAACGACACCCUGCAGGGUUCAUCAGCGAUCUCACAUCAAACUAUUACGGCAUUGGAAGCAAAGCCAAUCACCAACAGGUCGGAUCACGUCAGCGCCGAUGCGCCACACAAGGAAGUUGCAAGGUAUGGACGCGAUACCAAGAGUUCAGAAGAUGGAAGAUGCAGGGUGAUAAAGAAAUCUGGAUGUUGUGGAACACAAGAAGCGUUAACAAUUCCAAUUGGGGAGAUGGCUGAGGUAGAGUAUGCAAGCUCUAACAAGUCUACUGUUUUGGAGCUGAACACACAACUCGACAAGCCCGUUCUACGAGAGAAAGACCUCUCAGAAACAACGUUAGAAGUUCCUGAAAUCCCCUGGUCGGAUUUCGCGUUCAUGGAUGGGCUGGACAUAGGCUGCGAAUGCUCUGGGGCCUAUACCUCUGACUUCGAUUUCUCAGCGGAGGCCAUCGACAGAGACUCUUGCAACACGAGCUACGUUUUGAAGGAACAGUACAUGUCCGACGAGUCCAACAAAUCCUUGCUCGAGGUACCACAAUACAAUCACUCUGCCAGUUGUUCCAAUACCUUUCAAGGAUGCCCACUUCCCACAGACCCCAGCUCCGCAUUGGAGUCCUGCUGCUGUUUGUCACCAUCUUCAUUGUCUCCCCAAGAUCACUUACGUCACAGUCUCUUCAUCUCACCAUUGCUGCAGUGGAAGAUACGAGAUCGACAACCGAAUGUCAGCAUUGAUAUCUCCAUGGCUGCUGCCACGAGUUCUGAUCGCUGCGAAAGCUCCAGUCACAACUACAAGUCCUGUCCAGUUCGACGUAUUCCACACUAAUUUUAAAAAUAGCAUGAUCGGCGUAAUACUGCAAUAUUCUAGGUUUGUUUAGUACCCUAUUAGACAGACUGUAGAGCAAUUGCACCUCAACAUUUGGGGUGGUGUUCGAUAAGGGACCACAAAAGACGUCAAUAUAUACCAUUUUCACCGACUGAUUAUAUCAGGAGGAAGGAGCACCCAACUGGUUUGGUUCUCAUUACCAGAGAACAUUUUAUCUCUUGUCAAUGGAGGAUUGAUCAGAUUGUUAAGUUUCACAAGACGAGUUCUUCUUGCACAGUGCAACAUAAGAACCACUUCAAUAGUCAAAACCAACUGUGGGGUUCAGUUUCAAAA